GUUUUGGUGUCGCGAGCUGUGGAGAUUCCAGAGGGCGCUGGCUACGGUGGUCUGCGAAGUGCGGUUAUAUGUGGUGUAGCUCUGGUCCUGCUUUGGUCUGUGCUGUGGCAUAGAAUUGCAUGGUGUCGCUAUUUGUAGUGUUUCUGGUGUUUCUAAUCGGCUGACCGUCAAGAGCACGUUGCAUUGAAUUUGCGGGUUGAAAACAAUUUAGGCCGUGGUUCGUUUUUCUCACUUUGCAGAAAUUAUUUGAUUGUCAAUUCAUAAAAAGUAUAGAAGUAAUAAAGAGAGUUGGACUUGAUCAUGAUCAGUACACUCACGAUAUGAGUAUACUUAUAGGUUUGCACUGCUAGUGUUUAUUGUGUUCUUGUGUUUCACCAAAGAUCAACUUUCUCCACAAGCGAGCAUAUGACAUUUGGAACGUCGACGUAUGAUACAAAUGAUUCUAAAGUGUAAAUAAAAUUCUGACAUCAUGGAUUUUGGGUCACUUCUACACGCUGCCCAAAGGAACGAACAUAAAGCGAAACAAGAG